AAGUGAGUGUGUCCGCGAGCCGCGACGGAGCUUGGUUGCUGCUGUCCAGGUAAGCUGCGGCGGCGCACGUGCCGAGGUCGCGUAGUCCCGGGUGGCUCCGGCUCCGGCCCCGGCUUCUGGCGCUUCCUCACGCCGGGCCCCAAGCACCUCGGUGAAAACUGCUCGGGAAAGCUGGCGGCCCAGGAGGAGUGGAGGAAGCCCGAUGGUCCUAGGGACCGGCCAUUACCGUCGCAUCCUCAUCGCGAGGGAGAGCAGCAAUUGGCCAGGGCACGCAAGGACGAGCGGUAGCUGAACUUGACUUGCUGCGCAUGCGCACCCGUUCCGGCUCCGGAGUUUGACCCAUGCUGGCUACGAUGCUGAGAAGUCUGUUCUUGGGCCAUAGAAACCUACUAUCCUGCCAUCGGAGUAGAGUCUUCCUUUUGAAGAAGUUUCUAUUCACAAUGAAAGUGGAAUCACCAGAUUUUCAGUCCCUUUUUACAGAAGGAUUGAAGAACCUGACAGAGUUAUUCAGUAAAGAAAAGUAUGAAUUAAGAAUAGCAGGAGGAGCCGUUCGAGAUUUAUUAAAUGGAACAAAACCACAAGAUGUGGACUUUGCUACCACUGCUACUCCAGCUCAAAUGAAAGAGAUGUUCCAGGCUGCUGGAAUUCGUCUUAUCAAUAACAAAGGAGAAAAACAUGGAACUAUUACCGCCAGACUUCAUGAAGAAAAUUUUGAGAUCACGACACUAAGGAUUGAUAUCAUUACAGAUGGAAGGCAUGCAGAAGUGGAAUUCACAACUGACUGGCAGAAAGAUGCCGAGCGCAGAGAUCUCACCAUCAACUCAAUGUUUUUAGGUUUUGAUGGUACCCUUUAUGACUACUUUAAUGGCUAUGAAGAUUUGAAAAAUAAGAAAGUUAGAUUUGUUGGAAACCCUAACGAGAGAAUUCAAGAGGAUUAUCUUCGAAUUUUGAGAUAUUUCAGGUUUUAUGGAAGAAUAGCAGAUAGACCUGGUACCCAUGACUCGAAGACUUUGGAAGCAAUUAAAAAAAAUGCAAAAGGCUUGGCUGGAAUUUCGGGAGAACGAAUUUGGGUAGAACUGAAAAAAAUUCUUGUGGGUAACCAUGCAAAUCAUUUGGUUCAUCUUAUGUAUGAUCUUGAUGUGGCUCAUUAUAUUGGUUUACCUGCUGUUGCGAGUUUAGAGGAAUUUAACAAAAUCAGCAAAAAUGUUGAAACUCUUUCUCCAAAGCCAAUGACUCUUUUGGCCUCAUUAUUUAAAGUACAAGAUGAUGUUAAAAACCUUGAUUUGAGGUUGAAGAUUGCAAAAGAAGAAAAAAAUCUUGGCUUGUUUAUAGUGAAAUAUAGGAAAGAUUUAAUUAAAGCUGCUGAUAGUUCAGAACCAUUGAAACCAUAUCAAGAUUUUGUUUUAGAUUCUAGGGAAUCUGAUAUACUUUCUCGAAUUUGUGAACUACUCAAAUACCAAGGAGAGGUGGACCUUCUUAAGGAAAUGCAACAGUGGUCUAUCCCUCCGUUUCCUGUCAGCGGCCAUGAUGUGAGAAAAGUAGGUGUUUCUUCAGGAAAAGAAAUUGGUUUGAUAUUACAACAAUUACGGGAACAGUGGAAGAAGAGUGGCUACCAGAUGGACAAGGAAGAACUUCUAAGUUACAUAAAGAAGACCUGAAAAUGAUUGGAGAAUUCCACCUAGAUAAUCUCUAAUGGUCCUUUCUGACUUGGCAUCUCAAAAAGCUGACAUGAAAUGAAAGCUUUGGGACUAAGAAACAGCAACCUUGAUAAAAAAGCUGUUAGAAGAAAGGCCCAUUUUUAGAACUUAAGAAAUGAUGGAAACUUUUUAUGUAUUAAGUUUUAUGUACAAAUCUCAAACCUGCUUAAUGGGACUGUUCCAAUCAUUGAACAGAAGUGCCUACCUUUUAUUUCAUUUUCAUGGUAAAUACAAUCUUCUUAACUUAAA